AUGCUUAGAGGGGGAAGAAAGAUCAGGAAAUUGCAGGAGUGCAGUAAGGUGCAGGAAGGAGCAGGAAGGAGCAGAAGGAGCAGGAAGGAGCAGGAAGGAGCAGGAAGGAGCAGGAAGGAGCAGGAAGGAGCAGGAAGGAGCAGGAAAAGUGCAGGAAGGUGCAGGAAAGUGCUGGUGGGAGGGUGUCAUGGGGUGGGUAGUGAAGGGCAGGUGGAUGGGCUUUGGAUUGGAGACGGUUCAAUCGUAAUAGUGGGCGCUUGGAUGGACCUUGGGCAGGUUACGGAAGGGUGGGGGCUGCUGAACGGGCAGCAAAAGGUUCAGGCGGGCAGGGGAAGCGACAGGAGACAGACGGCUCUACCCAGAGGUUUGUUGAGGGGGUACAGGGUGGAAUGAUUGAGGUAUAACUUCUGAGUUGACUCAAGAGAGUGAUAAGAGACAGCCCUACCCAGAGGUUUGUUGAGCGGGGUACUGGGUGGAAUGCUCGAGUCGACUGAAAGUACACAGAAUGGAUGCCUCACAGGUGGUAGUGCUGUGAUUUCUCUGAAAGGGGCUGGACCGGAAGGGUAAGAAUGGGUACAUGUCAACAUAUAUUUGUAUAUGUUAUAGGUUAGGUAGGUGCAUGCUCAUAGAGGGUACAGCACCAUAGCACAAAACCUCGUAUUUCACAAUCAAACUCACAUGGUAUCACGGAAGGGUAGGUCCCCCUCCCCGCCUACGCUUUCGCCCAUAGCCCUAGGCCUAGCCCUAGCCUUAGACAGCGUCCUAGCCCACGCCUCGUCACGCCACGCUGGCCCCGUCCCGUCGCGCCACGCUGGCCCCGGCCACGUCACGCCGUGCCGGCCCCGACACGCCGCGCUGGCCCCUUUACGACACUCCGGCCCCGUCACUCCGCACUGGCCCCCCUCAUGCUGCGCCGGCCCCGUCACUCCGCGCUGACCCCGUUACGCCGCGCUGGCCCCGCCUUACUGCGCCGCGCCUAGCUGCCGAGCCACUACGUCGCCGAGCUGCUGAGACGCGCCGCCGAGCUGCUGAGCCGCGCAGCCGAGCCGCCGAGUAGCCGAGCCGCCGAGUAGCGGAGCCGCUGAGCCACCGCUGCUCUCCAACGCUCUCUCCUCCUCCUCCCCUAGCUGCGGUGAGCUACUGCAGCCGUGGCGAUGGCGGACGAUGUGCUCCGCCUAGACGCGGAGGGUCGGGCAAUCGACUUUGAGGCAUGGCUCGUCGACCUGCGCCGCUCGCUGAUGGGACAGCGCCAGGAUGGCCAGUCUCUGGCCUUUCAUGUCGACGGUAAAAUCCCCUGCCCCAACCCGCCUGCUGCCCUCUCUGACGCCCCCACGCCCGCUGAGCGUGAGGCCUUUGUA